AUGCUCUUGUACGAUAGGGAGCAGUGCCAACCGAGCUGUCCGACUUGUCACGGGCAAACACCGCAUUUGUUUCCUUCACCGCAGCCCACCAUGUCGCGCUACCCUGAGGCGGACGAGGCCCAACACCAUGGGUACAACGAUGGGUAUAACCCAUACCAGUCGCAAUAUGAGCCACAGCAGCAGCAACACUUCCAAGCUGACCCAUUCAGCACUCCCCGGCAUUCACAAGAGCCCUAUGGCGCCCAAUACUCCUCUUCUCCUCCGCCAGGAACGCAUUUCGCAGGCUCUCCGCCACCCCCUCCACCAAUGCAGUUUGAUCCCUACGGCCACCAAUAUUCCCCUCCCCCGCAAAACCAAUACCCACCAUUCGCUGCCCCGAUCCACAGCCCUCCACCACAAGAUACUCAUAACUACCUUGCAACUCCCUUCCAGCCCCCACAACCAAGCACCACUCCGCUUUCGGACGGCUACGCCAGAAACGCGUACCCUCUGGAGGACAACCCUCACGAGCUUGGAGAUGAACAUGGCGAUAUUCCACUUUUGCGUAGGGAUCCCUCAUCGGACUCUGGUUUCCAGAUGCCAGUUCCCGGCGACUAUGUCCCUGAAGAGGAUGGCAGCAUCAACAACAACAUCCGCUACGGCAGGAUCCCACAACGGGUGCCGCGGCGGUACAAGACCAUCAAGCGUGUAGAGCUUUUUCAUGGAAAUUUUGUGCUCGACUCCCCUGUCCCCAAGAAGCUGCUGGACAUGUGUGCCCAGCGGACAGAGCGCGAGUUCUCCUAUAUGCGCUACAGUGCGGCAACAUGUGAUCCUAACGACUUCAAGGAUAGUGGCUUCACAUUGCGACAAGUGCACUACGAUCCUCCCCGCCGAACGGAGCUCUUCAUUGUCAUGACCAUGUACAAUGAAGACGAGGAGCUUUUCUGUCGGACUAUGCACGGUGUCAUCAAGAAUGUCGCCCAUCUCUGCAAACGUGACCGUUCCAAAACGUGGGGCAAGGAGGGCUGGAAGAAAGUCGUUGUCUGUAUCGUUUCGGACGGUCGUCUCAAGAUCAACAGUCGUACUCUCAGUGUCAUUGCGACCAUGGGAUGCUACCAGGAGGGUAUAGCCAAGAACAAGGUCAACGACAUGGCCGUCACAGCCCACAUCUUCGAGUACACUACUCAGAUUAGCGUCACACCCAACCUGCAGAUUCACGGUCCUGAGAAGGGCACAGUCCCCGUUCAAAUCAUCUUCUGUCUCAAAGAGAAGAAUCAGAAGAAGAUCAACUCGCAUCGGUGGUUCUUCAACGCCUUUGGACCGUUGCUACAGCCCAACGUCUGUGUCUUGCUUGAUGUCGGUACACAGCCCGGUCCCACCUCGAUCUACCAUUUGUGGAAAGCGUUCGAUAUCAACUCUAAUGUUGGAGGUGCUUGUGGAGAGAUCGUUGCUUUAAAGGGUAAAUACGGGACCAACCUCAUCAACCCUCUCGUUGCAGCCCAGAAUUUCGAGUACAAGAUGAGUAACAUCCUGGAUAAACCUCUGGAGUCUGUUUUCGGUUAUAUUACGGUGUUACCUGGAGCUUUCAGUGCUUACCGGUACAUUGCGCUGCAGAACGAUCCACGAGGGGAAGGUCCUUUGCAAAAAUACUUCCUUGGCGAGAAAAUGCAUGGUGCUGGUGCAGACAUCUUCACCGCUAAUAUGUACCUUGCGGAGGAUCGUAUCCUCUGCUGGGAGCUUGUCUCGAAACGCGGAGGGUCAUGGAUUCUGCAUUACGUCAAGUCGGCUUACGCUGUCACCGAUGUGCCCGAUCAAGUGCCAGAGUUGAUCUCGCAGCGUCGACGGUGGCUAAACGGCUCAUUCUUCGCGGCCGUGCACAGUACGGUCCACUUCCACUACAUAUACCGCUCCUCGCAUUCUCUCUUGCGCAAGUUCUGGAUCCAUGUCGAGAUCUUCUACCAAUUCUUCAACCUGAUAUUCGCCUGGUUCGCGCUAGCCAACUAUUACAUCUCGUUCGUCAUCCUCAGCGGUGCUUUGGAGGACCCCUCCUUCAAUUUAAAGGGCAUUCAUGUCGUCAACGUCAUCCUGGAAUACUUUUAUCUGGGACUGUUGAUUAUGUGCUUCCUUCUUUCGCUAGGCAACCGACCGCAAGGUAGUAAGUGGGGUUAUACCCUGUCCUUCAUCGGAUUCGGUAUUAUUACGAUUUAUAUGACGAUUUCUGCGUUCCUCCUUGCGUUCAAGGGCAUUGAGGCCAUCCAGAAAGACAAAGGCUCUGCUUUAAGCGUCUCCGACUUCUUCCAGAACCAUAUCUUCCGAAAUAUUGUGGUGUCCUUAUUAGCGACUCUUGGCCUCUACAUCGCUGCCUCCGUCAUAUUCUUCGAGCCAUGGCAUAUGAUCACAAGUUUCAUCCAGUACUUGCUGAUGGCGCCGUCGUAUAUCAACGUCCUCAACGUCUACGCGUUUGCCAAUGUCCAUGACGUCUCCUGGGGUACCAAAGGCGACAACAAACCGAACACAGAUCUCGGGACGGUGACGACUGGCAAGGGAGAUAAGAAGAACGAAGUCGAGGCUGUCGUGCCCACAUCGGAGAACGACAUCAACGCGGCAUAUGAAGAUGCGAUUCACGUGCUCAACACGAAGCCGCCCAAGGUCGAGAGCAAGCCUGACGCGGCGACGCAACAGGAGGACUACUAUCGGACGUUCCGAACGAAUGUCUUGCUUGCCUGGGUACUGUCGAAUGGAAUACUGGGUGCCGCUGUUGCGACGGCGUAUGGAAGGGGGACGACCAGCGCCACACAAGCAGUCAAUGGAUAUAUGGGCUUUUUGCUCUUCUCUGUUGCCGGACUAGCACUUGUGCGCUUCAUUGGCUCGACGAUGUACAUGGUUAUUCGGUUGUUUGCUGGAGAGUAA